ACGAGCUCGAACUCGUGUGGGAUGUAAACUCGCUGCUCCUUCUGCUCUGGGGUCCAGCGAGGUUUCCGAAAGGCAACUUGAAUUCCCCUUCGUGGCCUUUUUGCGCGGGUGUAAUUUGGCUUCGUUUUUGCCGUCGAUGCAUUUUCAGCCGUCUGUGACUCCUUUGGCACCCAUUCACUGUAUCUUGGUAUACCAAGGCGAUCGAGCUUCCGAGAAGUCCUGUCAUUUCGUCGUUCUUUGAUUAUUGUGAUCUCCUCAUCCUGUGCACUAAGUCGAGACAUCACACCAUUAUUAAUCACAACCUUCUUCCCUUGCACAAUUACCUUGUCUUGUAAUUUGCAUUUUGUAGCAUAAUUCUUAAUCUUGGGAUUAGUCUUCACUCGGUGCAUUAAACAUGUUUUCCUUUUUAAUCUCACUGGAUGGAACAUGACACGUUCAUACUCGUCAAAGUUAAAUCCUGAUUCAUCAUACCUGUUGUAACAGCCCUCACUUGGCUGCUCUUUCCCUUCCAUAAAGGCAAUUGCGUCAUCCAAAAAGGAACGAAUUGGGGCUGCCGAUUGAACGCCCAUGUUUUCACACAACCAUGGAGCUGGUUGAAAUUUCUUCCUUUUUUUCUCCUUCUUGUCACUGUCGAUGUCAGUAUCAUUGUCUGAAUUCGUUAGAUUUGGUUUAGUCUGAGAUUUAUUUCUCCUACUGGAUUUGCGAGCCAACACCACCGCUUUUUUGGCAGUAAGUUUUUCAGCACAUUUCGAAGGUGGUUUCCCAGUGAUGGCUUUGGGGAAACUUUCCACCUGUAUUUCUCCUGCUUCAGCAACCAUUCUCAAUAUUUUUUUCUCACUAGUAGAAGAAAAAUCCUUUUCGAGAAGGCUUUAUGCCUGUUUGGCUUGCAGCCGGUUGGAAUACUGAAUGCUGCUGUGAAUAUUGGUUUAACUUUAUAUAUUCAGGAAUUUGUCUUCCUUGUAUUGCGACAUCGGAGAGCAAGUGCAACUCUCCAUGCAUUUCUAAAUUUAGAAUGACACAUGUCUGUGUUUACAUCAACAUGUGCAUAUUAUUAUAUGACAUCAUCAAUUCAGGCUCUGAUUGGUCAAAGAGUUUGGCUAAUUAACAUAACAAGUGAAAUCUCGCGGGAAUCGAGAGCUAUUGAUAUUGUGUGCGAGAUAUUUCGAGACCUACCACGGUCACUCCGAAAACCAAGAGGCAAGAACGAAUAAUGGAUUCUGGUCAAAAUUCCGGAACUACAGCUGUGACAGUUGACCGCUUUUCUUGGUUUUCAGAUCAUCCUAAGUACCAUGAGAUGCUGUCUUGGGGCUUUGAUGAUUCCUCACAAAUAAUUUCAGCACUUUUGGUCUAUCUGGAUCUUUGUGAAGGAAAGAACUGGUGGCACAUGGAGAUCCACCCAUGCUGGUCUUUGCGUAUGGCGUACAUCACUGGUAAAGCCAAUAAGAAAGAUGACUUCACGACAGUCUUGCCUCUUCAAGCCAAGUCUUCACUCUCUCCAGCAAGUUUGAGAAAUUUUCUUGCUGCCAUAGACACCGAGCAUUGCAACCUUCAAAGUUCCCUGAAGACCCCAUCAAAGGCAGUCAUUCCCGAAGAACAUCAGGCAAAGAGGGCACUAACUCUGGCAAUUACCGAUUCCGAUUCUACCAUAGUCUACUAUAAGAUCAGCGAUGGCCUCGUUUCCCCGGACAGCGGUCCUAAGAUUCCUAACGAGGCGGGGAGUGACGAUGGAGGCAAGGAGGAUGGUAGGGGUAAAGGAAGGGGGAAGGGGAGGGGGAAGGGUGCGAAGAGGAAGGCCAGUCAUAACGCAGUAAGCUGAAGCUGUCCUUGUUUCCCCGGACAGUGGUCCUAAGAUUCCUGAUGAGGUGGGGGAGUGACGAUGGAGGCAAGGAGGAUGGGAGGGGUAAAGGAAGGGGAGGGGGAAGGGUACGAAGAGGAAGGCUGGUCAUAGCGCAGUAAGCUGAAGAUGCCCGCAUCUCAUUGUUGUGCUGCAGAUUAUCCAUGCUUUCUGUGGCCUCUGUGAAAUGUUAGUCUCUGAUGCUUUGAUAAAGCUUGCCUUAUGCUGGAUCAUGUGUUGCACUCAUAUCCGCAGAUGUCAGUAUUGUGGUCUUCAAGGUCAGCCUUGAGGUCAAAUAUGUGGCCUUGUCCGUGACGUCGGAAUGUCAGGCCGUGGCUUUCCAGCUUUGCACGCAACACUGGCAGUUAGGAUAAAGCAAGUAUCCAGUACUGUUACAUACCAUGCCCAGAAAAAUGUAUAUAUCUGUUGAUAUGCAGAAAUAAUAGUGUGUGAUCAGCUUCCUCAUUUCUCUCCUGCCCAUAUUGUGCUUUAUAUGAAACAAAACAAAACUUACAGAUGCCACAACUGUCUUGCUGUAUGUCAGGGACUCAGUUUUAUGAUUAUGGGGGGGGGAGCAAUAAAUAGCUCUCCUAAAAGUUUUAAGGGGAGUGGUAGGGGGGCACCGCAAAAAGCUCUUCUUUGAAGAGAGCCUUUUUUUGUCCGAUUACAAAAUUGAUGGAGGAAUGUACACUGAGUUACAACCCACAAAGGAGACCGAAAAAAUCAGAUGCCCUGAAUAUAAGUGUUAUUCAUCUCAUUUUAAUUGUGUGUUAUUGCUUAAAUGUAAUUGUGUGUGUUAUUUAUAAAACCUUGACUGAGAAUGAGGUUUUCAAGGUUGAUUCUAACAGUACGAUCAUUGACUGACACUCGUUCUACAUGCAGGUUAAGUAAUGCCAGAAUAUAGAUUAUACAUGGAGGUAAAAUGUUGAACAAACAAUACAAAAGUAUAUAUGAUGUUUGAUUUCUAGUUUUUAUGCAUUUCUGCAUAAUUUAUCAUUUUAUGUCACAAAAAAAAAAUCAAAUUCGCUUCCUGAAAUGGAUUAAGGUGAGCGGUAGCAAGUGAUCGCUCUCACUCCGCUUAAAACUGAGUCCCUGGUAUGUCUGAUUAUGUUCAAUAUUCUUUCAGUGUUUGGUGUGUUUAAAUAAUCUCGUAUUCCAAUCCAGCUGUUUUUACGUUGGACACAUGCACAAUUGGAAUAUUAAUGCACAGAUGCUGUAUAUCCCUGUUUUAUGAUCAUUAUUAAUACUGAGUACUGGAAGGAGAGAUGAACUAAAGGAACAAAAAAAAUUAAAUGCCGUUUUCUUUAGUAAAAUGUUAAUCACUUUUAAGUCACCAGUACUUUGUAUGCCUUGACUUUGUCAACCUCAGAAUUAUUUAAUUAUUUUUACCGUUUAUUAUUGUUAUUCUAUACAUGUUGAGGACCCCACAGGAAAUCGACUUUCAAGCUUUUGUCGGUUAUCUUCUACAAGCCUGUUGUUUUUACUGCUACUGUAUAUAUGUUAUGGUGAUUUGCCAAAUCAAAUCAAUCAAUUUUAUAUAUGGAUGAUAUGAAUAUUAUAAAUUCUUGAAAGUUUAUACACAUUCUCAUAAUUCCUCCUCUUGAUCUGUUUUGCAAAGAACCAAGACAAAAGUUUUGCCUUUUUGUGUCAGGAGUGUUAACCCUAAAUAGACUGGGCUAUUUUGACGCCUAAGAAGGAGGGGGGCUGAUUCAGCCCCCCUUAUGAUCUCGGCCGUUGAUCGCACGGUCGCUACGAAAAUUGGCACGCGCGUUACCCAUGGCAUAAUCUACAAACUAUAAGAUCAAAUUCUGCGAAAAAUCUCAUAGAUAAUAGAUUAGGCUAAUUUAUGCGUACAAUCAAAACUUUGCUUUAAUUAAUGAAAUAAUACCCCUAAAAUAUUAAUUUUUGGUUCACAGACUCUUUAUAGAAAUCUGAUCAAAUAUACUUUUUAGAAAUGUCAAAAUCGCAUUUAUUUUCUUAUGUAUUUUAUUGUUUUCUAAAUUUCUUAUGUAUUUCUUUGUAUUUUACUUUUGUUUUUUAUUGUUUUUUCAAUGGAUUUGAAAAAAUUGUUUUUUCAGUAAGAGGAAAAUAAUGAUAAAUUUAUGAAUUUUGGUUAAAAACACUAUUUGCAUUGGAUUCACACAUAUUCACGUUUUAAGCAAUUUUUGGUCUGCAUGCACUUACGAAAUGUUGUGUAAGUUUGGAAACGCAUACCCGGGGGUCGCAAUUUUGGUCUCAGAAGUUGUGUGAGACUUGACAGUAAAAAGUCAGCGAGCGACGCGGUAAAAAAAAAUUGCGCGGCGGAUUUAUCGUGAAAAAUGUUGAGGGGGAGCUGAAUCAGCCCCCCCCCCCAUCUUAGGGUUAAGUGGUGUUGGUGGUGAGGGGGGGGGGGUGGUGUUUCUUAACCCUGUUUGUAUUACAAGGACAACCGGAAUAAGUGCCUGAUGUGGGCAGUGUUUCCCUUUCCAAAUAAGUAUGAUUGCCUUUGAAAAUAAUUAUUAAAAAUUAUAGGCAUUUGUAAUUUUACAAUGUUGUCUCCAGAAAAAAUUACUCCGAGAUGCAUUAUUACCAUAACCAGUUUUAGUUCAAUUUAGAUAUAAGGAAGCAACAAAAAGAAGAAAGAUAUUUAUAUAAGAGCUGAAUGAAACACCACCCUCAUCCCUUGUUUGCCUAAAGUUCACACUUUUAAUCUCCUCAGAUUCUUAGACAACUAUGUGACAACUUAUUUUAUGUUUUUCUUAAUAAAUCUCUUACAUGGUA